AUGAAAGUCUGGACAAGUGAGCACGUUUUCAACCAUCCGUGGGAAACAAUCGCGCAAGCCGCCUGGCGCAAGUAUCCGAAUCCGAUGAACCCUGCAGUAUGGGGCACAGAUGUGUUAGACCGUUGCGUAGAUCCCACCGAUGGAGCACUCGUCACUCAUCGUAUCAUAAGUUCUCGAUGGGGCUUGCCUUCAUGGGCAUCCCCGAUUCUUGGAGAUCCGUCAGCUUGUUAUGCUUCAGAGGUGUCUCGGGUUAAUCCCAGGGAACGGGUGUUCCGACUUGAGACGCAGAAUUUGACGUUUGGGUCACAUAUAGCAGUGGAUGAAAGACUGGUGUAUCUGCCGCAUCCGGAUGAUCCAGAGAAUAAAACCAUUUUGCGUCAAGAAGCUGUUGUGACCGUCCGCGGAGUACCGGUAACGAAUUUCAUGGAAAGCUUUCUCACGAAUACCAUCUCGUCAAACGCUGGCAAAGGCCGGGCAGCGAUGGAAUGGGUAAUUAAUCAAGUCAUCAAAGGGCUUAGUUCGAUGGAUGAUUUAUCUGCGCAAAACAGAACAUCUCUCGAGUAUGAUGCUGUUUGA